CUGGGGGCGGGGUCACGCGCGGCCCCUCAGGGCGGAGGCUGCGGCGGCAUCCCGGGAGCGGUUCUCUGUUAUGACCGGAGCGGAGGCAGCCGGGGUCAUGUCCCCGCUGAAGUGACUGCCCGGCAGUGCGGGGAUGGUGAUUGUCGGUGCUUGACCACCCUGCCCAUGAAGAAACUUUUUCCAAUAUCCAAUCUAAACCUUUCCUGGCACAAUGUGAGGCUGUUUCCUCUGGUCCUGUCACUUGUUACCUGUGAGAAGAGUCUGACCCCCACCUGGCUACAUCCUGUCAGGGAGUAGUGAAGAAAUUUCCAAGUUAAUGCUCUGUUCAGUCAAUUAAUUUACCAGCCCAGCUGGUGACUCACCUGACUGAAGCAAGUCACAGCACUUCUCCCUUCCCUUCUCAAGAAGGGGAGAAGAGCAGCAAACAGAUCUUUACUGGAUUCCUGAUGUGUGCCCUUAUGGAGAGAACACUGCCUCUGCUGGAGGGUGAAAGUAGCUGUGUGGAUAAGGUGGAUGCACGCUGCUUCAAGAACCAUCGAUAUGUGUGAGAAGUGUCCCUGCUAUAAGGAGGACUUGUGGAGAAAUGCAAGUACAGUACUCCUGCUAUGCUGGCUGAGGGCGAAGGCAUGGCUGGUCCCUCGCUGUGUGCUGCCACCACAGCGGCCUCUCCGGAUCUGCACAAGGUGCCCGGCUUUGGAGAGAGUAAAACCACAUCGUGCUCCUUUUCAAUUGAGAGUAUAUUGGGACUGGAGCAGAAAAAAGAUGUCAUUCCAGCUGGGAAACCUCACAGACCCUGGAUGGAUGCAUGCACCAGCCUGGUUUUAGGUGAUGACAGUAAUCCUCAUCUGCAAAUCCCUGUUCUUUGCUAUGAAAAUCGAUUAUUUCAUGCUAGAUGUGAUCCAGUGCAAGAGGAAAAAGUUUUGAAAUGUGAAAAAUAUUUUUCAGUCACUGAAAGACUAUCUUUCCAACGAGAACUGAGCUGGUACAGGGGUAGAAGGCCAAGAACUGCAUUCACUAGAAACCAGAUUGAAGUCUUGGAAAAUGUUUUUAAAAUGAACUCCUACCCCGGCAUUGAUAUAAGGGAAGAGUUAGCUCGCAAAUUAGAUUUAGAUGAAGACAGGAUCCAGAUCUGGUUCCAGAACCGUCGUGCAAAGCUGAAAAGAUCACACAGAGAAUCUCAGUUUCUAAUGGUGAAAAAUAGUUUCACAUCCAGCCUGCUAGAGUAGAAGGAAGGAUGGCUUGCUGUUACAGUACUACUACAGAAAAUGAAGAAUUAUUCAUAACCUAUAUUAAGUAAUGAUAUAGUAAUUAUGAUUUUAUGCCCAGAUUUGAAAGUUUGUUAUAAUUUUCAUUCAAAUAAACUGUAAAUACCUGAA